ACAUGACACCCCCAUUAAUCCUCCCUCACAACCAUUUUCCAAAAUUGCUCUGAUAAAACUGCAAAGCUGCAUUGCAAUCUGCAAAUCUCAGAUACCAAAAACCUAAAUAAUUAGAAAUAUGAUGGCGGUUUCGUCUAUAUCAUCCUCCUCUUGCUUUACUAGCUCUGCUGCAAUUCGACAUCCUUCACUUCUUUCUCACAAAAAUCUCAUCCACAAAUCUUCAUUUUCUCUAAACGGGAAGAGACUUGGCACUGAACUCCAAAACAACUUCAACUUCUGUGUGAAAGUUUCUCAGAAGAGGAAUUUGGAGGCCGUUGGAGUUCCAACUUCGGUGCCAGUUCGUGUGGCUCACGAGCUUCUUCAAGCUGGACACAAAUAUUUGGAUGUCAGGACUCCUGGGGAGUUUAGUGCAGGCCAUGCACCUGGGGCUGUUAACAUCCCUUACUUGUACAAAGUUGGCUCAGGGAUGUCAAAGAACCCAGAAUUUCUAAAAGAAGUGUCAUCACAUUUCAGAAAACAUGAUGAGAUUAUAGUUGGAUGCCAGCUUGGGAAAAGGUCGAUGAUGGCUGCAACUGAUCUUGUAGCUGCUGGUUUCACUGGCAUUACAGAUAUAGCUGGUGGGUAUGCUGUUUGGACACAGACUGGACUUCCAACAGAGAUAUGAAAUGUGAUUGUUUCUUGCCAAAGGGAGAGAGAGAGAGAGAGAAGAGAGAGAAAGAGAGAGAGAGAGGACUUUGGAACCAAAGUUUAUGCUGCAGGAAAAAUAAAAACACAGAUAAAGUGGCAGUAGAGCCCUGCGGAAGCAUAGAAACUUGGUUCCAAAGAAUAUUAUUGUAAAAAUGUGGCAACAGGAAAAAAUCAUGUAAAAGCAAAAUUAGUAAAUAAAUUAAGCUAUCACAACCACAAAGUUGGCAUCCAAUA